UUUCUUAUGUAUGCACAAGGUUUAUUGAAUUCAUGAAGAACUACACUGCACAGCCACAUCCAAAUAUAGAAGUUGCCUUUACAUCUGAGCGCUCAAUUGAGGAUGAGCUGGAUCGUGAGUCGCAUUCAGAUGUCAGCACCAUUCUAGUGAGCUAUAUCAUCAUGUUUGCCUACAUUGCCAUUGCCCUUGGACAGAUUCGCACCUGCAGUCGCCUACUGAUUGACAGCAAAGUGACACUUGGUUUAGGAGGAGUGUUAAUUGUACUUGCUUCUGUAGGUUGCUCAGUGGGCUUCUUUGGCUUUAUUGGUGUUCCAGCAACCUUAAUCAUCAUUGAAGUAAUUCCGUUCUUGGUACUUGCCGUGGGAGUCGACAAUAUCUUCAUUCUUGUGCAGACACAUCAGAGAGAACCUCGCCGUCCAAAUGAAAGCCAUGUGGAACAUAUAGGUCGUGUUGUUGCCCAAGUCGGGCCAUCCAUGCUCCUAACAAGCUUGUCAGAGUCAUGUUGUUUCUUUCUAG